AUGGCCACCUCGACGAUAACCUCGUCUCCCACGCGCUCUCCACCCUGGUCAGCCACUCCAGCCCGCGAAUGCCUCAGUCCCCGCGAAACAAUCCGCACAAAUUCCUACUGCGGUUUCUACGCGACUUCAUGGGGCGGGUGCCCUUCUGGCUACGCGCCGGCUUGCAGCGCGGCCAUGGACACAGCCGACCCGUUCGUAUCGAAGCGGACGGUCACCGACGGAGGCCAGGCAACCUUGAACUAUGAAUGGUGGCUGAAGAGUCACUCCCAAGUGAUAUGUUGUCCAGGCACAAUGCCUUGGUCGUGUACAUCUGGCACCGGCAUCGAUCCAACAGCCUGGCCAAGGCAACCAACAAACUGCAUGUUUACCACGGCUGCCGGCAUCUACACCUCCAACCCGGCCCAAACCUUCUACGCCUACGGCAUAACCUACUCCGUGGAAGUACGCGAGUCCGUAGCAUCUACAUCGAGACUGGCCAAUUACGAAACAUCCUACUUUGGAGAUGGGAAACCUACCAGCGAGGUCUGCGAUGAGACGUCCUGCAGCGGGGCGUUCACGGUGCCAAUAUCCACGUCCACCUAUUCCUCCUACCCGUACGCGACGGCUACGCCCGGAGACGCGGCGGCGACGGACGGACCGUUCGUCUCGCAGCCGCCGGAGAAGAUGGGACAGCUCGGCCCGCUGGCCAUUUUUGCGAUUACGGGGCUGUUAGGGGCAGUGCUGCUGACCAUUGCGCUCCUGUCUCCUUUCGUGGGUGAGUAUUUUCGACGGAAGGAGGAACAGAAGCGGUCGCGGACGAUAAAUCCCCAGUAG